AUGGUAUGGGUCAGGUCGCCGUUACCGACGAUUUUGGCGACGACCUUGCUUGCCUGCCAAUGCUUUGUCGAGGUAGAAAAAAGGCGGCCGGGCCAAUUAUGUGCGUGCGUCUCGCGCAAACCUUGCCAAGAGUAA